CUAUCGUCCAAUCAGAAAGGCGUAUCCAUAAAUAGCGUUUUUAAGAUUCAGUCAUAAAAUUCCUGAAUAGCAUAGCUUAUUUAUUUUACAGUUUUGCAAGGAUGAGUGUUAAUUUUGGUGAAAUAAGUGAAAACACCAAGAUGGGUAGAGAAAGUGCCCUUCUUGGUAAUUAUGAUACAUCAAUGGUUUAUUAUGAAGGAGUUUUACAACAGCUUCAAAAGCUAUUACAGACCUUAAAAGAUUCAUCAAGUAAACACAAGUGGUCUCAGGUCAAGCAACAGAUAUCACAGGAAUAUGAACAUGUUAAAGAUAUAAAUAAAACCUUAAAUAGCUUUAAAAUGGAUAAUAGUCAUUCAUAUCAUGCUAACUAUGGUAAUCCUAUGUCUUUUGAUGAUUAUGCAAGACAUGAAGAACCAACAAGAGAUCCUGAUGUAUGGCCACCACCAACACCCGUUGAACAUAGACCAUCCCCAAAUAUAAGAGGAGGUGUAAAGGCUGCACCUGCCCCUAGAAGACAAGAUAAUAGAUCCAGACAACGAGCUGCUCCAUCACGUAAUUCUGCUCAACCAGACCGGGGUCGAGGAGGACCAAAUUAUGGUAAUGUAGUUGAUAAAGGUGCUAAAGACAAGGGUAAAGAUAAGAAAAAGAUAGAAGAAGAAGAUGGGGAGAAAAAGUUUGAUCCCUCCGGUUAUGAUAAAGACUUGGUAGAACAUUUAGAAAGAGACAUAUUACAAAAAAAUCCUAAUGUUCAUUGGGAUGAUAUUGCAGGGCUAGUUGAAGCUAAGAAAUUGUUAGAAGAAGCUGUGGUAUUACCUCUUAUAGUGCCAGAUUUCUUUAAAGGAAUACGACGCCCCUGGAAAGGAGUGUUGAUGGUCGGACCUCCAGGCACUGGCAAAACAUUACUCGCUAAAGCUGUUGCUACAGAAUGCCGAACUACCUUUUUUAAUGUGUCUACAUCGUCUUUGACAUCAAAGUAUCAUGGAGAAUCUGAAAAGCUAGUUCGCAUCUUGUUUGAGAUGGCUAGAUUUUAUGCUCCAAGCACCAUAUUUGUAGAUGAAAUAGAUUCUAUUUGUGCCAAACGUGGAUCAGAUACUGAACAUGAAGCCAGUAGAAGAGUAAAAUCAGAAUUACUCGUACAGAUGGAUGGUGUGGAUGGAGUUUGUGGAGAUGAUCCAACUAAAACAGUCAUGGUGUUAGCAGCUACAAAUUUUCCAUGGGACCUUGACGAAGCUUUACGAAGACGUCUGGAAAAAAGAAUCUACAUUCCAUUACCUAGUGUUGAAGGACGAAUACAGUUGUUAAAUAUAAAUCUUAGAGAAGUUGAAAUAAGUGACGAAGUUGAUCUGAAAGAGGUUGCUAUAAAACUAGAUGGUUAUUCUGGUGCAGAUAUUACUAAUGUUUGCAGAGAUACUGCCAUGAUGUCAUUCCGUAAGAGGAUACGAGGUUUACGACCUGAUGAAAUCAAGAAUAUUCCGCGUGAUGAACUGAUUGCUCCAGCUACUUUAGAAGAUUUUGAUGAAGCCAUUGUCAAAGUUAACAAGAGUGUGUCGAAAGAAGAUUUAGAAAAAUAUGAAAAAUGGAUGAAUGAAUUUGGAUCUGUUUAAUUUUAGAAUGCAAUGUAAUCGCAAUGUUAAACUUGAACUUAAAGGCAAUAAGGAUCAUUUUAUUUUGAUUGUCUCACAUUAUCACUCAAUUGAAAUAGUUAUCAUUAUUUGUCGAAAUACAUCUUUAUUUAAUUGUAUAUACUAUUAAAAUUAAUUUGAAUCAUUGGUGUUUUGUGUAUAUAUUCAUAUUUCAUUAUUAUGUGGUUGAUGGCACAUUUUUCGCUGAAGAAUUUAUUACUUAUAUAUUGCAGUGGUCUAUUUGAAUAUAAACAGAUUUUGUUAUUGUUUAUCAGUAUGUCUUGGUAUAUAAUUUUUACAAAGUAAAGUGCUAUACUACUAUGAUUUGACAACAUAUAUAAUUUUAUGGUUUUGUCAAUAGUUAUAAGUUUAUAAUUUUCCACUUUCACUUUAUUCACUGGUUGUUUUUCAAGCACUCAUGUCCUGUGUGUUUUAGUGUAUUUCUAAAACGAAAUAUUGUCCAAGCUCAGUUUACAUUUGUGCAACUCUUUACUAUAUAUUUAUGAGACAUGUUGAAAUUUAAUAUUAUCUCCAAGAAGAAUAUUGAUUUUUCACUUUUAUACAGACAAAAAAAAGUUCUAAUGCAAUUUUUGGAAACGUAAUUUAUGUAAUUUUAGAAAUUUGUUAUGCAUUUGUCAUCGUUCUUUCUAUGGUUAUUGACAUGUGUUAUUGUGUUACUGAUCUCUAUAAAAUAAUUUGCAUAUACAUACACUGGACUACAUCUAUCGAUAUUAAAAUAUGUAUAUUAUA